UUAUACUUAUCUAGAAUUUAUCCGAAAAAGUUAUAAACGUGUGGAAAAGUUCCAAAUAAACAGAUCGUAAAUAAAAGGUUUGUGUUAUAUUAUAAAUUGUAUAUAUGAUAUAGCUAAAAUUGACGUCAUUUUACCCUAAAUUGACGUCAAAAUAUGACGUCAUUUUAUUGCGCUAACAAUUUUCAAUGGCGAACAAUUCUGAUUCUGGGUCUGACGUUGACGCAUCCGACGAAGACGUUUCCGACUUAGAAAGUGAAGAAGAAGCUGCCUUUUUCAGAGGCCCAUGGUUUAGUGUAGUUGACCCCCAGACAUUCCAGCUGCCGGAGCCAGAUUUUACAGAAAAUGCUGGGCCCGUCAACUUUGGUCCUGGUAUGGCAAUUCUGGAUUUUUUUGUGAAAUUCUUGCAUGCCGAUGAUGAUAAUGAUAUAAUAGAUAUUCUAGUAAGAGAAACAAAUCGUUAUGCGGACCAGAAAAUCGCCCAAAAAAGCAGACCUCCAAGAAUAUUGGGGCCACAUUCACGAUUUCGCAACUGGGUUCCUGUGACAUCUGACGAAAUGCUUGCAUUUAUUGGAAUAGUGUUGAGCAUGGGGAUUGUGAAAAAGCCGUCAUUUGAAUCGUACUGGGAAUCGAACCCCCGUGCGUGGUCUUUUGAAACGCCAAACUUUGGGAAAAUUAUGUCAAGAAAUCGUUUCCAGGCCAUCCUGCAGUUUCUGCAUUGCAGUGACAAUUUAGAUGUUCCAGAGCCCGGCGAAGAGGGAUAUGAUCCCCUACACAAGAUAUCACCUGUCAUCAACAUACUAUAUGAGACAUUUGGUAAAAACUACAGUCUAAAUCAAGAUGUCUGUGUAGACGAACGCAUGGUUGGCUUUAAGGGCAGGCAUCAGUUAAAGCAGUAUAUUUCCAACAAGAAGGCCCACCGAUGGGGUAUAAAGCUCUGGGUGUUGUCAGACUCCAUCACCGGGUACACGCACCACAUCAAUAUUUACAAAGGAAGAAGGAAUGAACGCCGUAGUCCGAAUGGACAAGGUUAUCAGGCAGUGAUGGAUCUGAUGGAACCUCACUUUUACCAGGAUCACCACGUCACUUACGACAGCUUUUUCACAAGCCCUGCUCUCGUCUACGACCUUCUGGAUAAGGGGACUCACAGUACCGGCACGGUCAUAAAAACUCGAAAGGGGAUGCCUUCCAGUUUCAAAACCACACCAAUUCAGAAAGGAGAGAUUCGCGUGAAAACACGGGGUGGAGUCAUGGCAAUUCUUUGGGCAGACAGAAGAGUAGUUUCAUUUCUGACUACAACCGGUUCCCCACGAUUUGUACAGACAACAAAUGGCAAAGGACGAGACAUCUCUAUACCAGCAGUUGUUGAAAAAUACAACCACACAAUGGGAGGAGUCGAUCUGGGGGACCAAUUAAUUCUACAGUUUGAACCCGAGUUCAAAAGUCUAAAAAUGUGGAGAAAGCUCCUCUUUCACAGUCUUGUCACAGCAGCGGUUAACGCAUUUAUUUGCUACCGCGACACUUUCCUGGUUCAGCAAAAAUUGAACCAUCUAAAAUUCCAUCAGCAACUAUGCCGGGAAUUGAUAGGGGGAUACAGGCAGGGUAGCAGAAACAGACAGAUGAGAGUGGUGCCUGUUCAGCACAGAACCUUGGCGAGGCUCACCGAGAGGCAUUUCCCGUCCGUCAUUCCAGAAGGGAAAAGGAAGAAGUGCGUGGUGUGUGCUGGAAAUGACCGCUUCAAGAAAACACGCAUCCAGUGGUGGUGUCAAGACUGUGAGGUGUUGGUGUGCAUAAUAUGUUUAUGA